AUGGGCGCGGUCCUAAGUUACACACACUCCCUCGUCGACAAUGCCCUCAGCACCGUGAAACUGGUCCAAAACCGCGAGGUCGGUUGGAAAACACUGAACCGCAAGACGGGCUGCUAUGUGCGAGAACGUCAACCCAUAUACAAGAAAGUUAAACUAUGGCUUCUUUUCAGUAGGCCCAUGGAGUGGAUUGAUCAGACGUGGUUGCUGAGGCAUUGGAUUCAUGACAAGACUAUCAGAUCUGGCAAGAAGGAAGGCACCAUCGCCUCCGCUAGCCAAAUCCAAUCCUUCGUCGACUUCUACCACAUCAACAUGGACGACUUCACCCCCUCUGACAUCCAUGCCUACCACACAUUCGAAGACUUUUUCGUGAGGCAACACAAACCUGGAGCACGUCCAAUUUUCGAAAAGGAUGAUCCGUCCCGUGCGGUCGUCGUUGCAGACUGCCGACUGGUCGUCUAUCCCACGGUCGCGGAAUCUAAACGCCUAUGGAUAAAGGGUCGGAACUUCACCAUCGGCAACUUGAUCGAAGACGACGCCACUGCAAGAACAUGGCAUAAUGGUGCGAUCGCAUCUUUCAGGCUAAGUCCGCAAGAUUACCAUCGCUACCACUCCCCGGUGGAAGGCGUCGUGGAAUGGUACAAGCAAAUCGACGGCGAAUAUUAUCAAGUCGACCCACUCUGCUUACAAUCCGACAUCGACAUCUUGACUAUGAAUGCUCGCUGCGCGAUCUGCAUCAAUAGUCCUUUGUUCGGACGCGUGCUCUUCGUCGCUAUCGGCGCCACAAAUGUGGGAACCGUAGAAAUAAACCAAAAGUGCCAGACGAAGGGCUCACAUCUGGAAAAGGGCGAAGAAGUAGGUUUAUUCCAGUUUGGAGGGAGUAGCAUUAUCGUCGCUUUUGAGGAGGGAAAGAUUCGGUUUGAUGAGGAUCUCCUGAGCGUGAGUAGGCAUUUAGUUAUGAUGGAUGUGGAGGUGGGGAUGAGUUUGGGACAGGCAACAAGGCGGGAAGAGGCUGGGUAA